CCCUCUGUAGAACAUGAGCGCAAGCAGCACAAACUCAAGCGUCUUGUGCAAUCGCCCGACUCUUAUUUCAUGGAUGUAAAAUGCCCAGAUGCGCCUCGAUGCUUUGAUAUUACUGCUGUAUUCUCUCAUGCACAAUCAGUCGUGCUUUGCGGCUCGUGUGCAAGUGUCCUCUGCCAACCUACGGGUGGUAAGGUGAGACUGACUGAGGGUGUGUUAUUAAUUUCGAUGCUCGUAAUUCACUGA